AUGGGCUUUCCGCUGGGAUGCAGUCUUCACCUUUCCAAUGUCGAACGGGAAGAGAACACACCAGCUGCAGAACAAAGUGUGGAGCACGGACUUGACCAGACUGAGGAUAGCCAGGAGAUAGAGAUAGAGGAGAGCGGAGAACAGGAGCAGGAUGAAGACCCCGCUAGCCCCUUGCAAGAUCCUACCAAUGCAGCCAGCGCGAAGAAGGUUUUUCGGCCAGAGUUGGGCUCGUAUGUCGUCAUACCUAACCAGUCCGUGGGGCUGCUGAUUGCCGAUAUCGAGCCCUGA